UUCAUGCGGUGCGGUUUGGCAAAAUAAUAUUAAGAGAAGAUACUACAUGCGAUCAGAAUACAAGGCAAUACCAGAUAUAGAACAUAGUGAAAUGAACGGUGGCGUAUACGCAACAUUUAAUAUUUAGAAUAUUCGUUGUUCUAAAUAGAAUGCGGCUCUUAGCCAUCUUUAAUGAGUGUUCAAGAAGAAUAUUAAAGUUUUAAAAAAUAUAAGAACAAUUUUUGAAUAAGCGCUAAAUAAACAAAUGAUUUAUGUUUAAUUUUGUGUUAUUUUCUAUAAAAAAAAAUUAAAACAUUUUAAAGUAAUCAGCUCGCAGAUUUCGCAACAAGCGUUUCACGUAUAAAGUGCUUAGAAUGCGAAUAUAACGAAUUAUUGCGCGUGUGUGUGAGUGUGCUGAAAAACACAAACAAAUACAUAUAGCUUAAAUAAGAUAUAUUUCUUAAAGUAGCUUAAGGUUACUGCCGAAUUUGUGUUUUUUUCUAACUUAAGAAACAAACGAAAAAUCAACCUAAGCAAAACUAAAAAAAUAUAUAAAAUACAAAUAAAUAUAAAAAGUCAAAAUGAAUAGCAACAUUACUUCGCGCUUCGAUAUGGCCGCUGAGAUUGCGACCAUAGCAUUGGACGAAUUCAAAUCGCACCAUGUGGAUCGAAAUUACACGGGACUGGUACAGCGCUACUAUCACUUGGUUGAGCGAGAUUUCGGUGAUCCCCGCGCCACACGUUUCCCACUCAUGGAGCAUCCCCUUUACACAUUCGGUUUGGUUGCCAUCUACCUCUCUUGGGUCCUUGGGAUUGGCCCAAUGUUUAUGCGCGAUAGAAAACCCUUCCAGCUGCGACGCACUUUAGUCAUCUACAACGCUUUCCAGGUGGCGUUAAGCGGGUACAUGUUUUACGAGCACCUGAUGGCCGGUUGGCUGAACAACUACAAUUUGAAAUGCGAACCAGUGGAUUAUUCAGACGGGCCAAUGUCAAAACGAAUGCUAAAUCUUUGUUACAUUUACUACCUCUCGAAGUUGACCGAAUUUGCUGACACAAUUUUCUUUGUGCUGCGGAAAAAAUCGUCACAAAUAACUUGGCUGCAUGUGUACCAUCAUUCGGUGACACCAUUGGAAACCUGGGUGUUGGUUAAGUUCUUGGCUGGUGGCAACGCGACAUUCCCCAAUCUGCUCAACAACUUCGUGCAUGUCUGCAUGUAUUUCUAUUACAUGAUGUCUGCCAUGGGACCAGAAUACGCCAAAUAUCUGUGGUGGAAGAAGUAUAUGACUGAACUGCAAAUCGCCCAAUUCGUGCUCUGCAUUGUGCAUACUACGCGCGCCCUCAUCAGCUCCCAAUGCCAAUUCUCGAAAUUCAUCUCAUCCCUGCUGCUGCUGAAUGCCUCUAUUUUCUUCUGCCUCUUCAUGAACUUCUACAUGGCCAGCUACAAAAAACUGCAAGACCAAAAAAUGAGCAUUGCCGCCAAGGCGAAUGGUGUGACGUCAGCGCAAAAUAACUGCGCGUUAGCGUCAAAGAAAAUUAUGGAAAUGAAUAACAACACCAUGGAUACAAUGGAUGCGAUUGGCUUGUUGGCGUUGAAGGAAAAACUGAACUAAACGAAAUCGAAAUGGAAGAAAGCACACUUUAAGUUGCAUAAUUGUAUAUAAAUCAACAUACAGACAUGGGUAUAUACAAUAGACUACCGUUGCAUGCAACUGCUUAUUGGCCAUAAGUAGUAGAAAAGUAAAAUUCAAUUUUUUUUUAUGCUAUAAAAACAAAAAAGGGUGAAUCAAAGUACAUAGAAAUGAACGAAAUUAUGCUCGUAAUUCUUAAAGAAAAAAAAAACAAAUCAAACUGCACCAGAAAAAUAUUAAAUUGUAAAUUUUCGCAUCUCAUACGAGUGUGAACAAGAAUAUGGGGCCAGCUACAAGAAAAACGAAUUAAAGGAUAUGCAAGAAAGUUGAAUUGUCUCAAGAUUAAGUUUUUCAGUGCCACAGCUUAACUGUGUUGAGUUCGCAAACUAAGUUUCACCACUUGCACUGAAAAACUGGCCUCGGCACUGCCUAAAGUUAUAUAAUUAGGAAUUGCUGGAAAGUUUGCGUUCACGACAGAAUGUGGCGCGUCCUUGUGACAGAUCAUUAGGUGGCAAAUAUAAAAUCUAGCAGUGCUAGUUGAACGUCCUUGCUGCGAAAUUCAACUUACUAAAAAUUUUUUAUCUACUACAUAUUUUGACUCAAAAAAAAAAAAAAAAAAUCAAUCAUACACUUCUGUUAGGUGUUUAGCCGCGCUCCUCCUCCCAUUUUUGGUGUGCGUCUUGAUGUUGUUCCACUCAAAGCUGCUGCUUAAAUCUUGAUAAAAAAAAUCCUUUUAAAAACUUUUCCAUUUUUCGCAGCUUUUUCAGCCCCAUAUUUUCACAUUUUAGAAACUGAAAGAUAAAAUCAAAUUCAUAUUUAAGUAUAUAAAUGUGUACAAAAUAUUUUAUAAAAAUUCAGUUCAACAAAAAAUGUGCAAUACCUGCCAGCUUUUAGCCUUAAAUACCUAAAAAGAAAUAAGAAAAAAUGCCGCACUUAAGAAAAUCGGAAUUUUCGUAUUGAUUGAUUGAUUGAUUAUCUAAAAAAAAUGCUGUCGAAGUGCCAUAGCUUAAGUAUUUUGUUUUACUUUCAAGUAAUGGACUACAUUUCGCCGAUAUUUUCGUUUAGUUUCAACCAAGGCGCAUUCAUUAAAGGUGGUAGCGCUAGACCAACAACAAUAUUUUGUACGUUUGAUUGUCAAAGCAAAGUAUUGAGAAACUAGAAAACAAAUAAUGAAUUCGCCUUGAUUCAUUCGGACACGGCGAAAGAAAAAAGAACAAAUCAGCUGAUUUGUCGAUACCACCUUUAAUAGAUUCGUCUUGGUUUCAACGAUUGAUUCCUUUGAUUUGCCAAUUUCACUUACCUGUCUGUAUGCCUAUAUGUCUGUAUUUUUGUUUUGUUUUUUAAUUUUUAGAUUUUUUUUUUUUUACUUUUUAAUUUUCUACAUAGCCAGCUAAGUUACAACUAAUAAUUGUCUCACGUGUAGUACAAUGAAACUUUAUUUUUAUUUUUAUUUUUACUUUUUAAUUUAGUUUUACAUACAAGCAAUUUCCUUAGUAGAUGCGAGAGGUGUAGUGCAUGAAGUGAAUUUGCGAACAGUCUAAAUAGUAUAGUAAUUUACUAAACCGCAUAACAAAGAUGUGACUUCAAACUUAAUAAACUGCAGCAAGCGCUAUUGUUAACGGUGAAAAAUACUCAAAUUAGUAUAACAAAAUUUGUACCUAAAAGAUGCCUUAGUGAGAUCAAUGCUUUGCCUGCACGUAGUAAAAAUGAAUGUACAUAUGUGGCAGCAUGGCAGCAUGCCUAAGAUGUUGCCUAGUUUUAGGUGCGCUAUUAUUUAUUGAAUUGAAAUUUCUAUAAUUUAGAAUUUCUAUUGGCAUUUAAUAGCAAGAGCUUGUUUUUUUGGAUGUAUUUCAUGUACAUUUUAGCCAUUUGAAGUUUUUUCUAUAUUAUUUGCCUUUGCCUUAAACCAAAAACCGUUAAAUAUAAUUUUUUUAAUAACAACUUGUAAGCACACAAAAUACACACACACACACACCCUUACACUUUUACACACACAUUUUCGCCUCAAAAGCGGAAAUUUUGCAAACAUUUGCAGAGAAUUUGCGAAAAUCACAAAAUGGGUCAAUUUUUACGAUCUGCCUUAGCCUUAGCCUUAGCCAUUGUUUAUAGUUAAAUCUAUGUAUGUAUAUCUUUGAUACAUAUUUAUGUAAUAAUUAUCAUAGCAAUCGUGUUUGUAUGUGAACUCCAAGCUAAUAAUAACUAAUUUUUAUUAGUUGCGUAAAACUAUGUAGUAAAAAACAAAAAGUUGUGUAUUUUAUUCUUAUUUCGGUUGAUAAUUAAAUUGAUUAGAGUGUUGAAGAUGUUGAGCGAUGAGAAUGUGAAAGUUGUGACGACAAGUUGUUGCUCUAAAUUAUUUGAAUUAUCGAUGUUUUUUUAAUUGUUUUUUGUAUGUAUGCCUUUUAAAAAUAUGUAAUAUUGUUAAUAGUACUCUUAGUUGAUAUUCUUAAUACAAAAAAAGUAAGCAAUACUGUUGAUUAUUUCUUUUUAUGUAAAUAUAAAAAUUUUACUGUAUUUACUUAUUUACGAAAUGAUUACUUUUACGUAAGUGCUUAGUUUAUUUCAUAAAACUAGUCUUAAACGAAAUUACCUAAAAAUGUAUGGAUAAUUUUGUCUUAUCAAUUCCAUUCUGUACUGUACUUUUUAUGGAAUAACGAAAA